GGGAAAGCAAAAUGGCGAAGGGCUGUCGUGGAGCCGGGCUGCCCGUGAGGCUGGCUUGAGCCUCUGCCUCCCUUAUCCCCCCCUUCCCAUCUCACACGUCGGAGCCUUACCGAGGCUCUUCAGACCGCGAGGAGCCCGGCCGACGGGAGGCUUCUCGAGCAGAGCGCACUGAGCGCAUUCAUUUCCCUGUAUGAAGCGGGUGGCCCCAUUGGAGAGACCGAAUGAGAGACUCUACGGGGGUGGGUAAUUCAGUGGUCCACAAGCGCUCUCCUUUACGCCGAAACCAAAAACCACCAAUAUCCUUGACCAAACUGUCUUCACGGGAUGGACAGAAAGCCAAAAAGCCAGUGUGCAAAUUUGAAGAAGGUCAAGAUGUCCUAGCUAGAUGGUCAGAUGGCUUGUUUUAUCUUGGAACUAUCAAAAAGAUAAACAAACUUAAGCAGAGCUGCUUCAUUAUAUUUGAAGACAGUUCCAAGUCCUGGGUUCUCUGGAAGGACAUACAAACAGGGGCUACUGAGAGUGGGGAAAUGGUCUGUUCAAUAUGUCAGGAAGAAUAUUCAGAAGCACCCAAUGAAAUGGUUAUAUGUGAUAAGUGUGGUCAAGGUUAUCAUCAGCUAUGUCAUACACCAAAUAUUGAUUCUAGUGUGAUAGACUCUGAUGAUAAAUGGCUCUGUCGGCAGUGUGUCUUUGCAACAACAACAAAGAGAGGUGGUGCACUUAAGAAAGGACCAAAUGCCAAAGCACUGCAAGUGAUGAAGCAAACAUUGCCUUACAAUGUAGCCGACCUUGAAUGGGAUGCAGGCCAUAAAACAAAUGCCCAACAGUGUUAUUGCUACUGUGGAGGUCCUGGAGACUGGUAUUUAAAGAUGCUACAGUGCUGCAAAUGUAAACAGUGGUUUCAUGAGGCUUGCGUGCAGUGCCUCCAAAAGCCAAUGCUUUAUGGCGACAGGUUUUACACAUUCAUUUGUUCAGUUUGUAGUUCUGGACCAGAAUACCUCAAACGUUUACCCUUGCAAUGGGUAGAUAUAGCACAUCUAUGCCUUUACAACCUAAGUGUUAUUCACAAAAAGAAAUACUUUGAUUCAGAGCUUGAACUCAUGACAUACAUUAAUGAAAACUGGGAUCGACUCCAUCCUGGUGAACUGGCAGACACACCAAAAUCUGAAAGAUAUGAGCAUGUCUUGGAAGCAUUAAAUGAUUACAAGACCAUGUUUAUGUCUGGAAAGGAAAUAAAGAAGAAAAAGCAUUUGUUUGGCUUGAGAAUUCGUGUUCCUCCUUGCCCACCAAAUGCUGCUCUUAAGGCUGAGAAAGAACCCGAGGGAACUUCACAUGAGUUCAAAAUUAAAGGCAGAAAAUCAUCUAAACCUGUGUCUGAUCAGAGGGAAAUUAAUAAUGGUGUAGAAAGAAAGGGGAAGAAAAAGUCUGUUGGUCGUCCACCUGGCCCAUAUACCAGAAAAAUGAUGCAAAAAAUGUCUGAGCCAUCUCUUUUGGAACCUGCUGUGGUGCAAGAAUCCUCUACUUUGGAAUUACCUAGCACUACUGGAAGAUCUGAUGGAACUGCACACUCAUCCAAUACCUCAGAUGUGGAAUCCACAGGUGCUGCCAGUACAAAAGAAACUACCUCAAACAGUAUUUCCAAGCAUUACAGUUUAUCUGACUCUAGGAAAAGGACACGUACAGGAAGAACUUGGCCAGCUGCAAUACCACAUUUAAGGAGGAGAGGGCGCCUUCCACGAAAAGCACUCCAAAUUCAGAAUUCAGAAAUUGUAAAAGAAGAUGAAGGCAAAGAUGAUUAUCAGUAUGAUGAACUUAAUACAGAAAUUCUGAACAACUUGGCAGAUCAGGAGUUACAACUUAAUCAUCUUAAGAACUCUAUUACCAGUUACUUUGGUGCAGCAGGUAGGAUAGCUUGUGGUGAAAAAUACCGUGUUUUGGCACGUCGGGUGACACUUGAUGGAAAGGUGCAGUAUCUUGUAGAGUGGGAAGGAGCAACUGCCUCUUGACUGUAGCACUGAACCUUGUUUUCUGUGCUGUCCUUAUCUAUUUAUAGGCACAGUUUAUUAACCAGGAGUGCAGAAGGAAACUUUUUCGAUAUUUGUUAAAAUGGAAACCAAGUUAGCCUUAACCAUUUCUUUUUAACAGUACAAACAUUGAGAUAAAAGAAUUAUCAUUUUUAAAAUAAGGCUAGAUUCCUAAUUUUUUAAGAUGAGAAUUUAGAUUGUUUUAGAGUGGGAACCUGGGAUUUCAUUUGCUUUAAAAUCUGCGCAAUUUCAAAAGAGACUUCUCUAGAGUACAUUCCAUGGAUACAUUUUUGUGGGUAGGGAAUAUUUUCUGUAGCUAGGACAAAUUUUUAGUAAGAUUCGUAAUCUUUUCUUACCCAAAUGUUUGCAAAAGUGUAUUUCUACUUUGACAACCCUAGAUUUUCAUAAGGUGCAGUGUAUAUAAUUCCUACUGAGGACUGUAAAAUAUUGAAAUCUUCUUUCAAGGAAAGUGUAAAAAAUAUAUUGAGCUUGUAAAUUGCUCUGUGACUAGACUUUGUUGUCUUUUUAAUAUAUUCUUUGCAUGUGUGUAUAUAUACACAUACGUGUGCAUGUGUAUAUAUGUGUGAUUGUGACCUAUGCAAUAUAAAUUAUGGGAUUGGGCAGCUUUUGACUACAUAUCCCAUAAUUCUUUUAUCAGGAAUAGUUGCAGUAUUUUCACAGCAGCAUUUCUUCUCAGGCUUUAUUGGGUGCUGUUGCUUGCCACAUACUACAGAAUAUGUGUCAAAUGAGUGCUGUAUGUUCUGGCAGUGAGUGCAGUCAUUAAUGUCAUAUGCCUUAGAAUAUAAUUCAGGCUGCAAUCCUGCACACAGGUCCCCAGUGAUGAAGAGAUUUGGCAUGCUCCUCAGGUUGACAUGCACUCUUUCCUCUGCAUAUUUUUUUUAUCCUAUGUUAAACAUGUUACAGUCCCCAUCCUCACUGAAGUCCACAGUUGCCUCUAAAUUCUGAGAAAAGAGGGGGAUUGGGAUUAGGAGAGUAGUAGAUGCUCCCCACUUGCUUAGCCAUGGCUAAGAAAUCUGGAACCAUUGCAUCUAUACUGGCCAGAUCGCUUGAUGUUGCAAUUCUAUACCUAUUUACCCAGGAAUAAGCCCUGAAGAACUCAGAGGCACUUGCUUCUAAAUUGACAUGUAUAAAUCUCCUUGACUUAAGCAGUCUGACUGUGUACAGUAUUGCAGCCACAAAUUUAUGUUGGAGAAAAGUUUAAAACUCAAAUCAGGACUUGAAAACUAGAACAUAAGCUCUGGUUUGGAUAAAAAAAUUCUAAGGAUUUGUGACACAUUGAUUGUAAAUUUUGUCUCCCAGUUAGUAAAAAAUGUCAGCAGGAAUCACAGAAGAUUCCUUUUGUGUGUGAUGUUUUGUAGUCAUGUUUAAUUAACAUAGUUGGAACAAAGUGUUUAAUUGCACAGGGUCAACAAACAGUAUGUUACCAACUGGGGUAACAGUACUGCUUUUAUUACAAUAUUACCUCUUCUGUUCUUAUAAAUAUGAGUUGAGUUUUAAAUGGAUGACUUGUAAAAUUAUUUUACUUGUAAAAUAACAUUUUUCCUGGGGUUAGAUGUACUACUUUUUUGUUUGAGUUUUUGUUGGAAUUUUUUUGCCAAAGAGUAACACACCUAUUUUAUUUUGAUGGUUUCUCAUUUUACUGUCUACUGUUCUGCUGUCAGACAUGAGUUUGCCAACAAAAUAAAAAUAUGUGACAAUAUGUUCAUAGCAAGUUAAAAAGCAUUUGUAUGGUUAAACCUUAUUCUACUUAAUUAUUUGACAUUUAAAACAAAUACUGUUAUGAUUGUCAAGGAAAAGGGAUCUCACAUUUUUAUAUAGCCAAAGGAAGCAUAGACAGAAUUUGUUGCCCUGUGCUUGUGAUUGGCCAGAAAACUUACAAGUUUUACUAAAAUGAUAAUUAAAAUGUACUUCUGCUUGCCUUCAUUAAAAAUAUGGUUUUCUUUCCCUGUCACAGUCUCAGCAAGUUAAAGUUGCCUUGCCUAUAGUUGCAAUAUUUUGAUAAGACACAAGUUACUUUUUGAAUGUUGGUGUCUUGGGAUAAUGCAAAGUGUAGUUCUAUUGUAAUGUUACUCCAAACCAGUUUUUUAAAUUAAAUUUCCUUUUCCACAAACUUUUUAAUUCACACUGAACACCAGCAGUAUUUGAAGUAGGGCUUCCAUACAAAGAACAAUUGGAAUCUAGCUGGGGAGAAAACGUGACAAACUGUCAACAGAUUUAAUUGUGAAUGUGUGUUUGUUUUCAUUUUGUCAUGGUGUUUGACAUGUUUGUAUUGCUGAAACUGUUUUCUAGAAUUUAAUAUCAACAUUAAAUGUGUGUAUUUUUAAGAUAA